AACGAGACUAGACCUUUAAAUACAACCUUUGGAUAUGAUCACGUGGUACGGUAGCCCCACUACAACCUGUCGUCUCUUUGCUACCGCGUCUGGUUUUGCGAUUAAAAAGAAUGGCAGAGCCUGAGCCACCCCUCUCGUGUGACUGCUUUGUGUCCUUGCCCCCCGGCUCGCAAGAUGAUCACGUGAUUUUUGGGAAGAACUCAGACCGUCCUAGAGAUGAGGUACAGGAGGUUCUUUACUACCCGGCAACCAGUCACCCAUCUGGGACCAUGCUGGAGUGCACGUACAUUCAGAUCCCCCAAACAGAACACACCCAUGCUGUGGUCCUCAGCCGGCCUUCCUGGCUGUGGGGGGCCGAGAUGGGGGCCAACGACAAGGGGGUCUGCAUCGGGAACGAGGCUGUGUGGACCCGCGAAGCUAUCGAUCCAGGGGAAGCCCUGCUAGGAAUGGACCUGGUCCGCUUGGGGCUUGAGCGUGCGGACAGUGCCUGGGGGGCGGUGAGUGUGAUCACUGGUCUGCUGGAGCAGCACGGCCAGGGGGGGCCAUGCAGGGAGGACCCGGCGCCCUUCAGCUACCACAACUCCUUCCUCCUGGUGGACCGCAACGAGGCCUGGGUCCUGGAGACUGCCGGCAAGCUCUGGGUGGCACAGAAAGUCACAGAGGGGGUGAAGAACAUCUCCAAUGCGCUGACCAUCGGGACGGAUAUCUCGGCUGAGCACCCAGAGCUGCGGAGUGUGGCCCAGGCCCAGGGUUGGUGGAGCGGCGAGGGAGAGUUCUGCUUCAACGAGGUGUUCAAGUCUGAAAACCCCCCCGCCAGGAUGGAACUGGCCAAGAAGCGCUACAGUGGGGGCACACAGCUCCUCCAACAGCAUGAUGGUUCUGUGACGGCCGAGGUGAUGAUGUCCAUCCUGAGGGACAAGCCCAGUGGGAUCUGCAUGGACUCUGGGGGGUUCCGCACCACUGGCAGCAUGGUGUCCAUCCUGCCCCGCGACCCCAGCCUGCCGUGCAUCCACUUCCUCACUGCCACCCCCGACCCCUCCAGGUCUGUUUUCAAGCCUUUUAUCUUCUCUGAGUCUGUGACCCCAGUGUCGAGGGUGAUCUCCCCACAGUACGGCCCAGACGACCCGGUCAGGAAGCAGCCGCGCUUCCAGAGCCAAGUGGACCGCAGGCACGACCUGUACAAGGCCCAUGAGGGGGCCCUGCAGACUAUGGAGACCAACCCGGACGCAGGGAAUGCUCUGACGGAGACAUUGAGGAUGUUGGAGGGCCAGUGUCUGACGGACAUAUCAGCCCUGCUCAGUGGAGAAAUACCAGCAGAUGAGGAACUGGGGGACCUGUUCUUUGACUGUGUGGACACGGAGCUGAAGUUCUACCAGUGAGGAGCGCCCUCAUGUGGAGAUUGCUAGUGCUUGCAGAUCGGCAGGAGAUGGCCCUGGGACUGUUACAUCCUGUGCUCCUGUUAGAUUGGCUCCCUCCAGUCUCACGCUUACGAACUCCCUGAUGCCAUUCCAUCCAUCAUUAACACAGAAUAUAAAUGUCUUAACGUUCCAUGGGAUUGGAGCAACAUUAUCAUUUGUAUCCCUUUAGGGAGCAAUGCUCGCCCCACAUUAGUGAGUAUGUGAUAGACCACUACAGGAGUGUACAUUACCAGUCAAAAGUUUGGACACACCUACACAUUCAAGGGUUUUUCUUAUUUUACUAUUUUCUACAUUGUAGAAUAGUAGUGAAGACGUCAAAACUAUGAAAUAACACACAUGGAAUCAUGUAGUAACCAACAAAGUGUUAAACAAAUCAAAAUAUAUUUUAUAUUUGAUAUUCUUCAAAGGAUCCAGCCUUUGCCUUGAUGACAGCUUUGCACACUCCUGGCAUUCUCUCAACAAGCUUCACCUGGAAUGCUUUUCCAACAGUCUUGAAGGAGUUCCCACAUAUGCUGAGCCCUUGUUGGCUGCUUUUCCUUCACUCUGCAGUCCAACUCAUCCCAAACCAUCUCAAUUGAGUUGAGGUCAGGUGAUUGUGGAGGCCAGGUCAUCUAAUGCAGCACUCCAUCACUCUCCUUCUUGGUAAAAUAGCCCUUACACAGCCUGGAGGUGUGUUGGGUCAUUGUCCUGUUGAAAAACAAAUGAUAGUCCCACUAAGCGCAAACAAGAUGGGAUGGCGUAUCGCUGCAGAAUGCUGUGGUAGCCAUGCUGGUUAAGUGUGCCUUCAAUUCUAAAUAAAUCACUGACAGUGUCACCAGCAGAGAACCCCCACACCAUCACACCACCUCCUCCAUGCUACACGGUGAGAACCACACAUGCGGAGAAUAUCCGUUCACCUACACUUCUCACAAAGACACAGCGGGUGGAACCAAAAAUCUCACAUUUGGACUCAUUAGACCAAAUGACAGAUUUCCACCGGUUUCUUUGCAGCAAUUUGACCAUGAAGGCCUGAUUCACGCAGUCUCCUCUGAACAGGCGAUGUUGAGAUGUGUCUUACUUGAACUCUGAAGCUUUUAUUUGGUCUGCAAUCUGAGGUGCAAUUAACUCUAAUGAACUUAUCCUCUGCAGCAGAUGUAACUGUGGGUCUUCCUUUCCUGUGGCGGUCCUCAUGAGAGCCAGUUGCAUCAUAGCGCUUGAAGGUUUUUGAGACUGCACUUGAAGAAACUUUCAAAGUUCUUGAAAUGUUUCUGGGUGGACUGACCAGUAAUGAUGGACUGUCAUUUUGUCUUUGCUUAUUUGAGCUGUUCUUGCCAUAAUAUGGACUUGGGUCUUUUACCAAAUAGGGCUAUCUUCUGUAUACCACCCCUACUUUGUCACAACACAACCGAUUGGCUCAAAUGCAUUAAGAAGGAAAGAAAUUCUAUAAAUUAACAUUUAACAAGGCACACCUGUUAAUUGAAAUACAUUCCAGGUGACUACCUCAUGAAGCUGGUUGAGAGAAUGCCAAGAGUGUGCAAAGCUGUCAUCAAGGCAAAGGGUGGCUACUUUGAAGAAUAUCAAAUAUCAAAUAUAUUGAGAUUUGUUUAACACUUUUUUUGGUAACUACAUGAUUCCAUAUGUGUUAUUUCAUAGUUUUGAUGUCUUCACUAUUAUUCUACAAAAUAGUGAAAAUAAAGAAAAACCCUUGAAUGAGUAGGUGUUCCAAACUUUACUGGUACUGUAUGUAUGUGACUAUGUGUAGAUCUGUUUCACAUUAAAACACCUACUGUAAGUACACUAUUUGUAAAAUGUGCUAUUCAUUGUUACAAGUGAAUGGGGGUUAGUUGACUGACUGCCCCAUGAGAAUUAACUAAUACAAUUUUAGCUCUGUC